CCCACGCACACUCCUCAGGGGUUAUGGCAGGAGGGAGCAAGAGUGUGUGCUGCCAAUUGGACCCUUGAAGUAUACUUAAGAGGAGACGAAACAAACUGAAUGUUCGCUGAUACUUCCGGCUACUUGCGCGCAAAAAAAAAGGAAACAUCCAGCAUCGCGCGCCGCGAAAACAACAAGAUGAAGGCACUCGCCUUUCUAACCAUGAUCUUCCUGCCAGCAACCUUUGUCGCGGUAAACCCCCACGACAAGUCUCCCCAGUCGAGUCUUUGUGUUUCUAACUCCUUAUUUACUUCCCCCCUGAGCGUGCAACCCCUUUGCUGACUCCCUCUCUCACACCAGACCUUUAUGUCGAUGGGGAUGUUCAACUGGAACCCCCAGGAUGGCGAGGCGGUCUUCUCUCCGCUGUGGUACGCAUACUUUGCUGCGGCUGUGCCGCUGACGGGGCUCGUGUUUGGGCUUUAUUUCUGCUGGACGCCGGUCACGAAUGUUCUGUUUCGCAGAGCUUCGAAACUGUCGCGCCAUGUCGUCAGUGUCAAUUGUUUACAUUGCUGGCUGGCCGUUGUCUCGGCAACCACACCCCCGGCCAUUUGGAUAGGCCAGUACGGCCCGGUGCAAAUGAUUUGUUCGAGUUUUAACGUGUCG